AUGGCCGAUAACUGGGGAACUGAGGCAGUCACCUAUGACGCUCAAAUUGUUGAAGCACCAGAGGUUAACCUCUUUGGAAAAUGGUCGCUCCAAAGCGUGAAUGUUUCCGACAUCUCGCUUGUCGAUUACAUUCCGGUUAAGGAGAAAUCCGCUAAGUACCUUCCACAUUCCGCCGGACGCUUCCAGGUCCGCCGUUUCCGCAAGGCAGCGUGCCCAAUCGUUGAGAGACUUGCUAACUCAUUGAUGAUGCACGGACGCAAUAACGGAAAGAAGCUUAUGACUGUUCGCAUUGUCAAGCACGCCUUCGAAAUCAUCUAUCUUCUUACUGGAGAGAACCCUGUUCAAGUUUUGGUUAACGCGGUUAUCAACUCUGGUCCACGUGAAGAUUCUACCCGUAUUGGACGUGCUGGAACGGUCAGAAGACAAGCUGUUGACGUCUCACCACUCAGACGUGUUAACCAGGCUCUCUGGCUUCUCUGCACCGGAGCUCGCGAGGCUGCCUUCAGAAACGUCAAGACCAUUGCUGAGUGCCUUGCUGACGAGCUUAUCAAUGCUGCUAAGGGAUCAUCCAACAGCUAUGCUAUCAAGAAGAAGGACGAGCUCGAGCGUGUUGCUAAGUCUAACCGACAUACUAACAACUGGGCAGUUCUCGUAUGUACCUCCAAAUUCUGGUUCAACUAUCGACACGUUUCGAAUGUUCUUGCCCUGUACCAUUCCUUGAAGAGGCUGGGAAUACCUGAUAGCAAUAUAAUUAUAAUGCUUGCUGAAGAUGUUCCGUGCAAUGCGAGAAACCCUCGGCCGGGAACGGUUUUUGCAGCACGUGCUGGAGUAAAUUUAUACGGUGAAGAUGUGGAAGUUGAUUAUCGAGGAGAUGAAGUUACUGUUGAAAAUUUCAUUCGAAUUCUAACCGGAAGGCAUCAAAGAGAUACUCCAAGAUCGAAAAGAUUACUAACGGAUCAUCAAAGCAAUGUUUUGAUAUACUUAACAGGCCACGGUGGUGACAGUUUUAUGAAAUUCCGUGAUUCUGAGGAAUUGACCAAUGUCGAUUUGGCAUACGCAAUCCAAACAAUGUAUGAAGAUAAUCGAUAUCACGAACUUUUGAUGAUUGCCGAUAGCUGUAGAAGUGCGUCGAUGUUCGAAUGGAUUGCAUCUCCGAAUGUGAUAUCGCUGUCAAGCAGUCUAACGCACGAAGAGAGCUAUUCGCAUGACAUCGAUCCCGAUAUUGGUGUUUAUGUUAUUGAUAGAUACACCCAUUAUACGGUUUCAUUUUUAAACAAGGAAGUACGUGCACUUAAUUCCACAGCCCACAUGCAAGACUACAUAGAUUCUUGUCCUUCUGUUAAAUGCAUGUCAACUACUGGAGUUCGCCGUGAUAAUUACCCGAAAGAUCCUAAUCGGGUACGCGUUACCGAUUUCUUCGGCUCUGCACGAAUCAUGCAGCCCCUCACCGAAGAAAUCGAACUCGACGAUUCAUUCUGGUCAAUGUAA